AUGGCUUCGAACGAGAGUCCUGCUCCGGCAGCCGGAAUUGCUGAUGGCCAUGCGCCAACCCACACCUACGUGCCCAACGAGGGCUACAUGAACCCCGAUAAUGCAGACUCCGCUGAGGCGGGGCAAGAUCUGCCGGAAAAUUACGAAGACCAGGAGGAUGAGGACUACGACGAUAUUUUCGAAGAAGAAUUGGACCGCGAGGACAUUCUUUCCUCCGAUAACAGCGAUCUCACGAAAGCCUACAACCGUCAGCGGAGAAUCAAUGACCUCGCCGGCGACUCGAAUGUGCCGAAAUGGACUUACCCCAAAACGAACACGCAGAAACCUACCGUGAACACCUCGGCCUCCAUCGAUGACCAGGUCAAGUCUCUCACCCGCCAUGCGGGAAAGAUUAAGCUGGACGACCAACAGGCUGGUAUCUCGGGACGCGCUGAGAAGGGAGGAGACAAGGCCGAUCGAGCCACCUCAGAACAAGUCUUGGAUCCCCGCACGCGCAUGCUGUUGCUGCAGAUGAUCAACAGGGGCAUCGUGUCCGAAAUCCACGGAUGUCUGUCUACUGGAAAGGAAGCCAACGUCUACCACGCCAUGUCUAUCUCUCAGGACGAUGAGGAGGCUCCCCCGGUGCACCGUGCCAUCAAGGUUUACAAGACGAGUAUUCUGGUUUUCAAGGACCGUGAUAAGUACGUCACCGGAGAGUUCCGUUUCCGCCAAGGAUACAACAAGAGCAACAACCGCGCCAUGGUCAAAUUGUGGGCCGAAAAGGAAAUGCGUAACCUCCGCAGAAUCCAUGCUGCAGGCAUUCCCUCCCCAGAGCCCCUCUAUCUCCGUCUACAUGUCCUCGUCAUGGGAUUUAUUGGUAGCUCCAAGGGUCUAGGUGCCCCUCGUCUCAAGGAUGUCGAGUUCAGCAUUCCCGAGCCCGAGAACCGCUGGCGCGAACUCUACAUGGAACUGCUGGGAUACAUGCGAGUCAUGUACCAGACCUGUCACUUGGUCCACGCUGAUCUGAGCGAGUACAACAUCCUCUACCACAAGGAGCGUCUAUACAUCAUUGAUGUCAGUCAGAGUGUUGAGCACGACCACCCACGCAGCUUGGAAUUCCUGCGUAUGGAUAUCAAGAACGUCAGCGACUUUUUCCGUCGCAAGAAUGUCAUGACCCUUCCUGAACGCACCGUCUUCAACUUCAUUAUUUCCCCUGAAGGCCCGACUACCAUCGAUGCCGGAGAUGAGGAGAUGAUCAGUGCCAUUGACAAACUUCUUGUGGCACGCGAAGAAGGCACAGAUGAACAGCAGGAGGCCGAGGACGUUGAUACUGCUGUCUUCCGUCAACAAUAUAUUCCUCAGACACUGGAGCAAGUUUACGAUGUUGAGCGUGAUACCGAGCGUAUCCGCGACGGCAAGGGCGGUGACCUUAUCUACGGAGAUCUUCUAGCCGGUGGCAAGAAGAAGGAAGCCGCAGAUGCCGAGGUAGACGCAGAAUCCGACGCAAGCGGGGGUGUCUCUGUUUCGGGAUCCGACUCUGAAGAUGAAGACGAGAAAGACCCAUUCGCCAAGAAGGCGCCUCGGGGCAAGCGUUUCGAAGACAAGGACUCCAAGCGCGAUCACAAGGCAAAGGUGAAAGAAGAGAAGCGUGAGCAGCGGGCAAAGAAGAUGCCUAAGCACCUCAAGAAGAAGCUUGUCUCUUCCUCCUCGCGGAAGAAGCAUUAA